AUGUUAUUUUAUUCUUUUUUUAAGACUCUGAUUGAUACGGAGGUUACGGUCGAGCUCAAGAAUGACAUGAGUAUUCGGGGAAUUUUAAAGUCCGUGGAUCAGUUUUUAAAUGUUAAAUUAGAAAAUAUUGCUGUCGUGGAAUCUGAAAAAUAUCCUCACAUGGCUGCUGUCAAAGAUCUAUUUAUUAGAGGAAGUGUCGUUCGCUAUGUGCACAUGUCUAGUGCUUAUGUAGACACAAUCUUAUUAGCAGAUGCGUGUCGUAGAGAUUUGGUAAACAACAAGAGACAAUAA